UCUAGUUUGAUCACUAACAAAAUGUAAGUAAUUCAUAUUUUUUAAAAUGUUGCUGAAAUUUCCUCCAUUUCUGCCUAUUUGAUGGGGGUCUCCUAAUCUCUGUGAGUGCAACUUUUCAUUUAUGAGGGUUUUUUUAAAUCCAUGAACAAAAUAAAUUUAUUCAGUCUCUACCUAUCACAUCCCUGUUAUUUUCUAUUUAUGAAAUAGCUAUAAAAAUCAAUAUUAAGAAAUGGAGACAUAUUGCGAAAUGUUUUGAUGUCUUCCCAAUUUAUAAUCUAAUUGAUCUUGUUUAGAGGUAGAGCUAGAUUAAUAAAAAUAACUAGCAACUAAAUUUGAUUUUCAAAUAACAGAAAGACACACUCCUAUUAUUUAUUAUGAAAAUUUAUCCUGUACUUUAAAGUUUUAACUGUAUUAUUUUGAAGAAUAUAGCAGUUCUGAAUUUUCACGUAUAUACAAUAUAACCAAAAUUAUAAGAUCAUUUUCUUUAACAAAAUCAUUAGCGUAGUUUUAUUGUAACCUUCCAGUAAGAAGUACAUUGUGCUAUAUUAGUAAUGACUGCUGUUGAAGUUUUUGCUACUGAAAUUAUUUAGUGAAAGGCAGUUCAUUUCCCCCCCCCAAAAAAAAUAAUAUUAAUGCUUUCCUAUAUUAUCAAUAGAAUUUUGUUUAAAAGUGUCUGCAUACUGUACCCUGUUUUAUAGGAAUGGGAGACUCCGUGUAUCCAGAAAAUGAUAUCUCUAUCCUCUUACCUACUCUUGGAACACAAACCCCAGUUGUUCCUGGACUUGUAUAUAAUCCAGUUUCUGAUUUCCAACUUUAUUCCAGUGCAAAAAUCUGUAAACAGAUUCAUCAUCAUUGUGGUUUCUCGGUAGUCAAUACAUAUGACAAAUCAGAAAUGUUAGACCCUGAGGGCAGGAUGUGUAAAACCUUUGUGAGUGAAAAGUACAUAGGAGUAAGAGACAAGAUAGCCAUACCGAGUGCAUUGCCUAAUGUAUCUGAACAAAAGGAACAAAGCAAAUGGGAGAAAUACCACAACACAACUGGUUGUGAUUUGAGAUCUCAAAAUAGCAACGAAGUGGCCAUGGCUUCUGAUAUCAAAGCUGAGAGUUUUUUAGGAAUGUCAUUAGAAUACAGAAGAGAGAAUCAGGGUAAUGUCAUCCAUAAAAGCUCUCUGGACUCUGAGCGUCUGGAGACAAUAAAAAGCAUGCUUUGUAAACAGCGGCAAAACUUUAUCAGUCAAGAUUCUGUUUCAGAAAGAAAGAAACUUUCCCUGCACUUAAAUCAACACUUUUGCACUGCAGAAGUUCUAAGUGAGUUAGGUCACCUGAAUUUCCCAAAUAUUACCAGUGAUAGCAAGGUAUGUCAUUGUUCCCAAUGUUAAGAAAUGCUGCUAAAUAUUGUCCAUCAUGUGUACAUGCAGAUUAAUUUUGUUGUGUUUGCCUAAUGUUUUCUCUUACAAUUUUUAACAAGGUUUUUAAUAAGGUUUUCAGGAAUACUGUGUUAAUAGGUUUCAAAAUAUUUAAGUUUGAUAAUCUCAUAAUCAUAGUUUAUCAAAUUAAGAUAUGUACAGUUUUUACUCAUUCAUGAAACCAUGACUCUCCUUUUGCUGCAAACUGUGCUAACACAAGGAAUCUAAUCAACCAUAAACUCUUAAUUAGACUAAACUUGGGCACUAUAGUUGCAAACCUCAGAACAAGCCUGCAUCUUCAGUCACUGUUUUAAGUUCUUGAGGUGAUUUUUAUAGAACUCUAUAAAGUCAAAUUCUAAAAUUAUACAUUACAGUAUACAUUCUGGAGACAGAAUAUUUCCAUAUUAUCUAAGAUUAAAAUUUAGCACUCAAAUAGAUGUAUUUUAAAAGACUCAGGUAAGAUAUGUGGUCAUAAAAACUGGAAGAAUAGCCUUAACAAAUGUUAUAUUCAGUGCUCUUAAAUAUAGGCAAUUACUGCAUAUGAGAUCAGAAAAAUGAAAAUAGGAAUUUACUUAUUUUGUUUUAUAGGACACUUCUGAACUGUAUUUCC